AUGGACACAGAAGGUGGAUACGACCACCGGGGUGACAGCCAAGACGAUGCGAUGGGCGGCAUAGAAGGAUCACACACUCCGACCAGACGACACACACAAUCACAGUCUGUUGACUUCACCACCUCACAUCAAGGCUACUCUGCCUCCCCAACGCCAGACCUCGACCAAAAUGGCAGAUAUCCUACCCCACCCACAGCCUUCGCACCCCAGAUCUCUCGACCAAACUCGGGCUUAUCAGGUAACGGCGGCUACAUGCAGUCCUCGUACCAAGAUCAGAACUCCCGCGGCGCAGGCCAAGAUCAGAACCGCAACAAGAACAGCGUUGUGAUUAAGGUCGGCAUGGUAGGAGACGCACAAAUCGGCAAGACAUCGCUGAUGGUGAAAUAUGUCGAGGGCAGCUGGGACGAGGACUACAUCCAAACACUCGGUGUAAACUUCAUGGAGAAGACAAUUUCAAUACGCAACACGGAGAUCACGUUCUCGAUUUGGGACUUGGGAGGACAGCGAGAGUUCGUGAACAUGCUGCCGCUGGUAUGCAAUGACGCGGUGGCUAUCCUAUUCAUGUUCGACUUGACGAGGAAGAGCACGCUGAACAGUAUCAAGGAGUGGUAUCGACAAGGCAGGGGGUUUAACAAGACUGCGAUUCCGUUCCUGGUUGGUACAAAAUAUGACCACUUCGUCAAUUUCCCCAGGGAAGAUCAAGAAGAGAUCUCGAAUCAGGCCCGCAGAUUCGCAAAAGCUAUGCGAGCAAGCCUCAUCUUCAGCAGCACAAGUCACAGCAUAAACGUGCAAAAAAUCUUCAAAAUAGUCCUCUCCAAAGCCUUCGACCUAAAAUGCACAAUCCCCGAAAUCGAGAAUGUCGGCGAACCGCUCCUCCUCUACCAAUCCGUCGGUUAA